CUUCUUAUAGCUUCUGCCAGUCACUGCAAAGCUCUUCCUCUUGCUUGCCAAAUGCAGUCACAAUAGUGCAUAAGCACGCUUUCAAAUUGUACAUAGAAAUAGGAUGAUAACAUAUGUUUAGAUUAAACUAAGCCAGAAAUAGAAUUUAAACAAUGUCGCAGCAUUACUUGGAAGCCAGCAGUAUCAAGAAGGAAGUCGACAAAUGCGUUUUGGACGCAAAGCCGCCCAAACUGGAACAUGCCGAAGGAACACAGACGCCGGCCCAGAUGGACUCUAAAGUAGAUUUGGCCAAAUUGAAGAAACGGGAGAAGCAACAGCAGUCCGGUGCGGCGGCUAAGGCACAGCCAAAUCAAAAGCGUACUCAGUCAGCUGAAGUCAAAGCGACAAGGAAAAUAACGAAGAAAGCCAGGAAGAAAGCAGAGAAGAAAGCAGAGAAGAGAGCCAAGAGGAAAGCAAAGAGAAAAGCAGAGGCGGAUGCAAGGUCACAGCGAUCUAACGUUCUGCCGGCGUCAAAGAAGUGCUGCAGUCUAAACAAACUGGCCUUCAUAGCGACGAACAGAUCGCCUCCACUCACUGCCGAGCACAUGGUCCGGCUGCAGCAGGUGAUACUGGAUUUGACCGUCAGCCACAGAACGCCGAAUGUGUUCCCACAAUUCGAGGACUGUGCACCGCAGUCCGAGUGGCUGCUGCUCGUCUGCGCCAACCGGAAGACGGCCGACUGGGUGCGUCACAAUUUCGCUCGUAUACGGCAAGAGAGCGGAUUGAACGUAGAGCUGCUGGAGGAUAAACAAGUUCCAAGAAAUCUGAUCGAUGGCUACUUUCCAGAUAGUGCACAGCUGCCAGACGACAAGGUGCUGGCAUUGAUAAACGCACAAAAUCCCAUCAAUACCAGACAGUGGAGAAUAAUACGCAGAGCUGUCAAUGGCCAUCUCUUGCACCUGUCCAUGGCCAUAGAUGACGAUUCCAUGCACAAGCUGGGCGCCUGCGGCGGCUACAUUUCCUAUUGCUUUGGCAGCAUAUGCCUGAACCUAAACCUCAACAGAUCUCCCAUGGAUCAGGCUUACGAUUCAGCCAACUCGACUGAUCAGUUUGCCAACGAUUGGAGCUCGAUUUUGACACAGCUCGAAAAUCUUCAUGUUCCCAUUGGCAACAACUCGGAGUGGCAUAAUCCAUUCAACCAGGCAUACAAUGCUCACCAGUAGCCCGUCCACAACAGAAAACUUCCUAGGGAUGAUCUAAAUUAUGUUACUAAUGUAUUCGUGUAUAUAAAACACGAAUACUUCUUGGAUAACAAGCUCACAAUAUUAUAAGUAAAAACUAACGCUUC